ACUUGUUUGAAUAACACAUCACAGUUUUCUUUCAAAUAAAACAAACCACCCGUGUUACAUGAUUUCUAAUUAUACUGACAUAGAAAAGAAGGUCUGGUUGGCGUCAAUAAACUAUUUUGCUUCCUUAGACACGCUGCCAACCCCAUUAGGACCAGAGCAGCGUCAUUUUGCACGUCUGACGUCUGUGAAUGCGAUGCGCGUGGAUGUGGAGUAACUGUCCACGGUGCUGAAAGCGCCGCGCAACGCCGCAGCGACAGUGACACGGAAUGCGCUUUCACGACUCCUGCAGCAUGUAUGCGAGAAUCCUCUGAUCUUUUACGUAUACUUUAAAUCCGUAGCAGAGCCAAAACAGUGUCGGAAUGCUGCCCAACGACACCUUCAAGAACCUGGAGGACGGUUUAUAUCCGUUAAACUCCUCCAACGAUACGCAUAACGGGGACUCUCACGGCAGCAGCGCGAUCUUCAUCUCCUUCAUCUAUUCCGUGGUGUGUUUGGUAGGACUAUGUGGCAACUCGAUGGUGAUUUAUGUCAUCUUCAGAUACGCCAAGAUGAAAACCGCGACCAAUAUCUACAUUUUGAACUUGGCGAUCGCGGACGAGUUACUCAUGUUGAGCGUGCCCUUUUUGGUGACCUCUUCGCUACUUCACCACUGGCCCUUCGGGUCUCUCCUGUGUCGUUUGGUUUUAAGCGUCGACGCGAUCAAUAUGUUCACCAGCAUCUAUUGUCUCACCGUGUUGAGCAUUGACCGCUACAUCUCCGUGGUGCAUCCCAUCAAAGCCGCUCGGUACCGGAGACCCACCAUCGCCAAAAUGGUCAAUUUGGGGGUUUGGAUGUUCUCCAUCCUGGUCAUCUUACCCAUCGUCGUCUUCUCCACCACUGCGCCAAAUUCCGACGGAUCCGUGGCGUGCAACAUGCAGAUGCCAGAGCCCGAGAGGCAGUGGAUGGCUGUGUUCGUGAUUUAUGCCUUUCUGAUGGGCUUUCUGUUUCCCGUCAUCGCCAUAUGCAUGUGUUACAUCCUCAUCAUAGUGAAGAUGAGGGUCGUGGCGUUAAAAGCGGGCUGGCAGCAGCGCAAGAAGUCCGAGAGGAAGAUCACACUCAUGGUCAUGAUGGUCGUAACUGUUUUUGUCAUAUGCUGGAUGCCGUUUCACAUCGUGCAGCUCGUCAGUGUGUUUGUUCAGCGGCACAAUGCCACCCUCAGUCAGCUGGCUGUGAUUUUAGGGUAUGCGAACAGCUGCGCUAACCCCAUUCUGUACGGCUUUCUCUCGGACAACUUCAGGCGCUCCUUCCAGAGGAUCUUAUGUCUCAGGUGGUGGGAAAACGCCACGGAGGAACCCAUAGAUUACUAUGCCACGGCUCUAAAGAGUCGAGGAUACAGUGUGGACGAAUUUCAGCCGGAUAAUCUGGAAUCGGGCAGCACUUACAGGAACGGCACCUGUACAUCCAGAACCACAACACUGUAGGACUCAGCAGAGCCGUUUACAGAACCUUGUUUUGUCAUCUGUUGUCAUUGAAGUAUGUGCCGUUUAAUUGUUUUUUUAACCCGUUCAAAUGAUUUGGUAACACUUUAAAAUAGCUGUCAUUUUAUGCGUUAACAAACAUUAUGUAAAGCUUCGUUGAUGUGCAUUCACGAAAGUAUUUAUUUUUAUAUUUUCAUAUUUUAAUGCGUAAUGAGCUCAAUGUUUGUUAAUGACUUACUGAUAAAGUUCAUUAUAAAGUGUUACUGGUGUAUUUGACUUUGUUGUUGAAAGAUAUGAAAACAAACUGUCCAGAUUAAAAAAUAUCCCAAAAAUCUGCUUCUUGUUUUGAGUUGAAUUCAAACAAACUGGUCGUGACUUUGAGGAAACUAGAUUUGUAUUUCCUGGACGAUGGUUGCAGUGCAAGGAAAGAAUAUCGUAAAGUUUUGGGUAAGCAGGCAGAGGGAGGAGAAAACUCAUUGACAAUCCAAUAUGCAAAUAAAUGCGAGUAAGCAGACCAAUCGUAAUUGCCUCUGCAGAUAUUACAAUGACCUCGUCGGUAGGCUAUAUGUGAAAAUGGGAGGGGCAAGUAUUCUGUAAGUCAAAGUUUUUUUCCAUUUUUUAAAAUUACAUUAAAACACCGACAGACAGCUGUAAACUU